CUCUUCGAUCUGUUCUUACGCAUUUCGCCUUGAUCCUCGACGAAAUGAUGUGGAAGACUGUUUGUUGAACUGGGUCGGUUUCCCUUUGGCGAAAGAAUCGAAAUGGUUUGAUUUGGCUUUGUAUGCGCAAGAAUGGGGUUGUCUUCGGGAACGAGCAAAAUUGAGUCUUUUUGUAUUACUGAAGGAACAACAUCCUUGGUGGUGCACGUCUUAUAGCUGAAAUGAGGCGCCUGUUCGCUUUUGUGGGUCCAGUAGGACUGCUGCUUGGGAGCUCAAGGAGCUAUUCACGCGUGAUUCCAAAUGUUCCUGAGUUUAAUUGCCGGGGUAUUUCGUCUUUCUCACAUAAGGGGCAGAGUACUUUUGUUUUGACUCGUGCAAGUGCCUUGACUCUUCAGGAAAAAAAGAAUGCCGAGUUCUUAACUUUUUCGAAUUGGGCAAGGUUUAUGACAACACAAGUAAAAGCUCCUCCACAAGCUAGACAGAUGGGUGCCCUUCAGGUGACCAUGUUGAGUCCAGGAAUUGUCUAUGAACCGUAUGCCCUGCGCGAACCGAUUCCAUUCUGGAAGAGAUACUUUUUCCUUUCAUAUGCAGAUUUUGAUUUAUUGUCUCUCAGAUGGUUCACUCGGAGUGGUUGGAGGAGAACCAAAGAUGAUAUCAUCUUAGAGCUUAAAAGUGCAUAUGCCAUCGCUAAGUUAAGGAAGUCUGGAUACUCAAAAAAGGAGUUCUAUGAGGAGGCCAUAAAGUUAUAUAAGGAGAUAAAUUUUCUAUUAGCCCACGGUGAUAAAAAAUCAUUGAGGAAGGCAGUUACAGAGAAGAUGUACUCUACCCUAAAAAAUGACAUUAAGAUGAGGGAAUCCAUGUGGCAUAAGGUUUAUUGGGAAUUGAUUGAACCAGUCGUGAAGAUACGAACUUUGCGAGCUAGGCUGAUUGGUGUUGACCGGAAGGAUGUCAACAAAGUUUUCAUUCAGCUUACUCUUGAGUUCAUGACUAAGCAGAAGUUUGAAGCAUAUGAUUCGAAUGGUAAUGUGGUGGCAGGCGAUAAAAAUAAGGAGGUCCUUGUGCGUGAUAUCUGGGUGUUCGAGAAGUCCCUCUUCCACCGUGGAUCUUACUGGCGUCUUUGCGGGAAGAUUGUAUUAUAACCAGGCUAUCAUCAGUUAGAAACUGGUCGAGGGGAUAUUGGAAAAGAAGUGGUCACCGAUUAUUGGAAGCUUCUCAAGCUAGGAUAUGUCUCCCGGAGAGAAAACUUAUAGCGAGACGAGAUCUAGACUUUUCAUUUUCCUUUUGUAGGGUUGUCAUUUUAUACUUUUGUAUCAAUUUCUUGUUUUCAUGAUAUCAAUGACGAUACCUGUGGUUUUGCAGCAAUGUUGUCCGAAGUUGAUCUUUUGUGCCUGGGAAAUAAAAGAGAAAUUGUUCUUUGCGUACUCCA